AAAGGGCGUUGCUUGGAUGGGGCUCUCCUUUCCACUCCCCUUUCUCAGGUCCCCAGCACCAGGGCAAGGCGCCCGCUCCCCCUCCAGCGCCGCUGCUGCUCCCUUGCAGAACUGGAAUUGGCUGGGAUUAUUUAAGGAAAAAAAAAGAAAAGAGAAAAGGAGAGGGGAUCAGAGAGAGGGCGAUAGAGUCCGCUCUCCUCCAGCUGCCUGGGCUCCCUCUCUCGCUCUCUCCUCUUCAGCAACACCAAGAGCCCAAACCGAACCCAGAGAAGCUUUUUCCAUCAGUUCAGUUCCCUUCCCUUCGCUCCCUCCGUCUCACGCGCGGCGAGGAGAGCCCCGUCCUCCUCUGGUUCCCUUCGCGUGCUCAGCCUCUUGUUUCCUCUAAAACACUAGAAAGCCCCUUCUUGCCCCGCUGCUCCAUGCAGACUGGGAUUGCCAUGGGAGCCCUGCAGACUGCUGGAUUGUCCAUCCUGCUCGUUCUCCUGCACUCUGGGAUCACGCUGGCAAGUAAAGCCGGUCAAGACGUCGACGAGUGCGUGGAGGGCACCGACAACUGUCACAUCGACGCCAUCUGCCAGAACACCCCCAAGUCCUACAAGUGCAUCUGCAAGUCUGGCUACACCGGUGAUGGGAAGCACUGCAAAGACGUGGACGAGUGUGAGCGGGAAGACAACGCGGGCUGCGUCCACGAGUGUGUGAACAUCCCCGGCAACUACCGCUGCACCUGCUACGACGGCUUCCGCCUGGCACACGACGGCCACAACUGCUUAGACCUGGAUGAGUGCUCGGAGGGCAAUGGCGGCUGCCAGCAGACCUGCGUCAACAUGAUGGGCAGCUACGAGUGCUUCUGCCGGGAGGGCUUCUUCCUCAGUGACAACCAGCACACCUGCAUCCAGCGCCCCGAAGAAGGAAUGAACUGCAUGAACAAGAACCAUGGCUGUGCCCACAUCUGCCGGGAGACCCCCAAGGGGGGCAUCGCCUGCGAGUGCCGCCCCGGCUUCGAGCUCACCAAGAACCAACGCGACUGCAAAUUGACCUGCAACUACGGGAACGGGGGCUGCCAGCACACCUGCGACGACACCGACCAGGGGCCCAAGUGCGGCUGCCACGUCAAGUUCCUGCUGCACUCUGACGGGGUGACGUGCAUAGGGGAGAGACACUUCCAGCAACACGUUAUCCUUGAGACGUUUUCUAAUGAGACAUGCGCUGUGAACAACGGGGGCUGCGACAGCAAGUGUCACGACGCAGCCACGGGCGUGCACUGCAGCUGCCCCAUGGGCUUCAUGCUCCAGCCCGACAGGAAGACGUGCAAAGACAUCGACGAGUGCCGGCUCAACAACGGCGGCUGCGACCACAUCUGCAGGAACACGGUGGGCAGCUUUGAGUGCAGCUGCAAGAAGGGCUACAAGCUGCUCAUCAACGAGAGGAGCUGCCAAGACAUCGAUGAGUGCUCCUUCGACCGCACCUGCGACCACCUCUGCAUCAACACCCCCGGCAGCUUCCAGUGCCUCUGCAACAAGGGCUACACGCUGUACGGGCUCACGCACUGCGGAGAUAUCGACGAAUGCAGCAUCAACCGGGGUGGCUGCAAAUUUGGCUGCAUCAACACGCCCGGCAGCUACCAGUGUACCUGUCCUGCAGGCUGCAAGCUGCACUGGAACAAAAAGGACUGUGUAGCUGGCGCGUGUCCCUCAGAGCUGCUGAAAUGCCUGCCAGGUUCGGUGCCACCGCGGGCCACCCUGACCUGCAACAAGACGGGCAAGAAGGACAGCUGUGCCCUCACCUGCGCCUCCAAGGCCCAUUUUCUGCCAGAGUCUGACAGCAGCUACACAGUGAGCUGCGGGACCCCUGUCCUGCGCCAGAGUGGCCCGCAGAGACCCAGCAACGGCAGCCAGCAGUGCCUCGAGACGGUGGCUGCACCCAUCAAGCAGAAGGCUUCCUUCAAGAUCAAGGACGCCAAGUGCCACCUGCACCCGCGGGCCAGGGGCAAGCAGGAGGAGGCCGGGAAGGCCGGGGGGGCAGGCGGUUCGGCGCCUUGCUCCGACUGCCACGUGGCCUUUGUCAACCUCAAGUGCGACUCGUCCAAGAAGGGGAAGGGCCGCCGGGCUCGCAAUUCCUCCAACAAGGAGGUGACUCGCAUCACGCUGGAGUUCGAGGCAGAGAUCAAGCCGGAGGAGAUCACAGCCAGCUGCAACCUGCACUGCCUGCGGCAGAAAGUGGAGAAGAAGCUGAAAUCGGCCAUCAAAGCCCUGAAGAAAUCCAUCAACCAGGAGCGGUUCCUGCUGCGCUUCGCGGGGAUGGAGUACGAGGUGGCGCGGAAGCUGAGCGUGGCCCCGGAGCGGCAGGAGAGCUGCGGGCCGGGACAGCAGCGCCUGGGCGCCAAGUGUGUCAGCUGCUCGCAGGGCACGUAUUACCACGGUCAGACGGAACAGUGUGUCCCCUGCCCACCCGGCACCUACCAGGAGAAGGAGGGACAGCUCUCCUGUGACCUGUGUCCCCGCAGUGACGCUUUCGGACCAGUGGGAGCCACCAACAUCACCAGCUGCACAGGUCAGUGUCCCCCCGGCCAGCACUCGGCCGAUGGCUUCAAGCCGUGCCAGCCGUGCCCCCGCGGGUCCUACCAGCCCGAGGUGGGGCGGGCGCUCUGCUUCCCGUGCGGCGGGGGCCUGAGCACCCGCCUCGAGGGAGCCGUGUCCUUCCAGGACUGCGACACCAAAGUCCAGUGCUCCCCCGGGCAUUACUACAACACCAGUGUCCAUCGCUGCAUCCGCUGCACCGUGGGCACCUACCAGCCCGAUUUUCGGCAGAAUUACUGCAUCGCCUGUCCCGGCAACACCACCACCGACUUCGAUGGCUCCACCUCGGUGUCCCAGUGCAAAAACCGGCAGUGCGGGGGGGAGCUGGGCGAGUACACCGGCUACAUCGAGUCCCCCAACUACCCCGGGAAUUACCCCGCCAACGUCGAGUGCACCUGGAACAUCAACCCGCCACCCAAGCGCAAGAUCCUCAUAGUGGUGCCGGAGAUCUUCCUCCCCUCCGAGGACGAGUGCGGCGACGUCUUGGUCAUGCGGAAAAACUCCUCCCCGUCCUCCAUCACCACCUACGAGACAUGCCAGACCUACGAGAGGCCCAUCGCCUUCACCGCCCGCUCCCGCAAGCUCUGGAUCAACUUCAAAACCAGCGAAGCCAACAGCGCCCGGGGCUUCCAGAUCCCCUAUGUCACCUACGACGAGGACUACGAGCAGCUGGUGGAGGACAUUGUGCGGGACGGCAGGCUCUACGCCUCUGAGAACCACCAGGAGAUCCUCAAGGACAAGAAGCUGAUCAAAGCUUUCUUUGACGUGCUGGCGCACCCCCAGAACUACUUCAAGUACACGGAGAAACACAAGGAGAUGCUGCCCCGCUCCUUCAUCAAACUCCUCCGCUCCAAAGUCUCCAGCUUCCUCCGGCCCUACAAAUAGCCCCCCGUGCCGCCACCCCCAGAGCGCCCUGCCGAGGAAACCCUCUGCUCCCUUCCUUCUCCUGUCCGAUUUUCUCCUUCCUCCACUCGGCUCCGGCAGGACCGUCACCUCCUGCCCCGCAGACGUCCCCCCGCGGCUCCUGCGCUGCCCCCCGCGGAGCCGCGUCCCCAGCCGGGGACGCUCCGGUCCCAUCCAGCACCGGGGAAGUGGCUCCUCUCUUCUGAAGCAGCUUCUUCAUUUUAAGAAGCCAAAGUGUUGCUCCUUUCACCAGCCUGCGUCCUCCAUGUGGUUUCCUUCAUGCCACAUCUGUCCCCGUCCCCCGGUGCCACCAGGACAUCGGGGGGUCAUUAUCCUUCCAGCCCACAGAGCUGGCACUGGCUGCAGCCACACGGAGCCUUUCGCAGGGGAGCACCAGAAGGUAACGCCGUAUCUACUGCAGUGCCCGGGUCGUGGGUAUCAUCCGCACCGCUGUGCAGACAGCGGGGGAAAAACAUUUUUAAAAGCACGCUUGAUGAAAAGGCAAAAUUCAAAGGAGAGGCUGGCAAAGCGCGGCAGCGAGCGGCACCGCGGCGGCUGUGGCGGCCGUCCUGCCGCAGAGCCGCGCCAGCGCUGCGAGCGGAGCGCGGCCAAGCCACGGCCCCGGAGAACAAUGCCUGGCUGCACCGGAGAAAACAGGGAGCGAAGGAGAGGGACUUUAACCGGGUUCUGGGCUUUUUUCCCCCGUCCCAGACACUUAUGCCAAGAAACCAGACUUUGUUACAAGCUCUGCCAAAGAGGAACUCGGAAAAGCAAGCUUUGUGAAGAGCAGGAGUCGAUGUUUGUGCACUAGGGUAUCCUCCUUUCUACCUUCUUCGUAUGUAUUAAGUGCAAUCAUUUGAGUCUUCUUUAUAUUAUUUAGAGGGAAGUUUUUUUCUACUAGAAACGACAAUAUUUAUACCUGCCUGAGAAAUGAGAAUGUGCGUUUGUAACAGAAAAACCCACCCAAACCGAACCUGGCGCUGGGCUGCCGCUGACCGGCGGUGGCGUUUUCAUGCCUUUAACCUUUCCUGCUGUGUUCGUCCUCGAUAAAAUGCGCCUGGGGGAGAUGGUGCUGCUGCUGCUCGGCGUGUGACGGGUGAGUUUUUGCGGGGUUCGAGCAUCUCGGGGUGUCCGCGGAGGAGCUGGCGCUGCAGUCUGAGGUGGCUCCAGCCCGGCUGUGAGGAGGAUGUGACACCCGGCCCCGUCACCUGGUGUGACCCUGCGGGGGGACGAGCCGAGUCCUGGGGAGGGUCUGGGGGCACAGUGUGGGGGCCUCAGCCCGUCCAGCCCUGCAGCGCUCCCAGGUGUCACCUCCUGCACCUUCAUCCCCAUCAUCAUCCUCUCAGAGACCUGCAGCUGCCAGGACUAAAUGUGCUCGACCUGCCUACACCUCAUUGGCAGGUCCCCUCCUGUCCCUGCUUGUCUCCCGCUGUCCUGUCGACCACACCUGGGGCGAGCCCUGCUCUCACUGAACCCGUUAUUUAUUGCUCUGCCCGCCCCAGUCUGUCCCCACUGAGGCCGGUGCAGCUGUCGCCGGGCGGUCCCCGUGGGCUCUGCACCGCGCUCCUCGGACUCUGCACCGCGCUGCUCCUCGGGCUCUGCGCCGCGCUGCUCCUCGGGCUCUGCGCCGCGCUGCUCCUCGGGCUCUGCGCCGCGCUGCUCGGGCUCUGCGCCGCGCUCCUCGGGCUCUGCACCGCGCUGCUCCUCGGGCUCUGCGCCGCGCUGCUCCUCGGGCUCUGCGCCGCGCUGCUCCUCGGGCUCUGUGCCGCGCUGCUCCUCGGGCUCUGCGCCGCGCUGCUCGGGCUCUGUGCCGCGCUGCUCCUCGGGCUCUGCGCCGCGCUGCUCGGGCUCUGCGCCGCGCUCCUCGGGCUCUGCACCGCGCUCCCCGGGCUCUGCACCGCGCUGCUCGGGCUCUGCGCCGCGCUCCUCGGGCUCUGCGCCGCGCUGCUCCUCGGGCUCUGCACCGCGCUGCUCCUCGGGCUCUGCGCCGCGCUGCUCCUCGGGCUCUGUGCCGCGCUGCUCCUCGGGCUCUGCACCGCGCUGCUCGGGCUCUGCACCGUGCUGCUCGGGCUCUGCACUGCGCUCCUCGGGCUCUGCACCGCGCUGCUCGGGCUCUGCACCGCGCUGCUCCUCGGGCUCUGCACCGCGCUGCUCGGGCUCUGCACCGCGCUCCUCGGGCUCUGCGCCGCGCUGCUCGGGCUCUGCACCGCGCUCCUCGGGCUCUGCACCGCGCUGCUCCUCAGGCUCUGCACCGCGCUGCUCGGGCUCUGCACCGCGCUCCUCGGGCUCUGCACCGCGCUGCUCGGGCUCUGCACCGCGCUGCUUGGGCUCUGCGGGGCCGGCAGCGCCGGCCGAGGGGCUGCGGUUUCUCCCCAAAUGCGUCAGUUGGAAAAGCCUGUCCUGAUCCGUCCCAGCUGCGUUUCCCUCCUGCCGCCCGGCUCCCGGGCUGGUGGCAGCGCAGCAUCUGCAGGCUGAGCUGUUUGUCACUGGGCUGGUGUCUAAAGCAGCUGCCGUGGGGAUCUGGAGGGGUUUUGGUGUUUUAUUGCUCUGGGCGGUCACGGUGGAGCGAUGACCCAGGAAAGGAUCUUUCGUAUUUAGAAGGAAAAAAGGCAAAACUAAACCCAAGCUGGCCCGACUGAGCCGCCGCCCGGCCUGCGCAGACACUCGUCCGUGUCUCGACUCUGGGAUUUCAUGGCGUGGUUACUGCCGCUCUGGCCCUGCCGGGUUGGGACACUCGGGGGUCCUGGUGUCCCCGUUGUCACCACACCGGCCACCCCCGCUCCCCAGGCAGGGCUAGGCAGCACGUCCUCCCGGUCACGUCUCCUUUCACCACAUCUCUCCAAUAAACCCCCCAAGUCCCUGGGCAGCAGCAGCACCCGCAGCAGCUCAGCCCCCAGCGCCCGCAGCUCAGCCCCCCAGCCCCUGUUGCAGCUCAGCCCCCAGCACCCGCAGCUCAGCCCCCAGCCCCUGCUGCAGCUCAGCCCCCAGCCCCUGUUGCAGCUCAGCCCCCAGCCCCUGCUGCAGCUCAGCCCCCCAGCACCCGCAGCUCAGCCCCCCAGCACCCGCAGCUCAGCCCCCAGCCCCUGCUGCAGCUCAGCCCCCAGCCCCUGCUGCAGCUCAGCCCCCCAGCCCCUGCUGCAGCUCAGCCCCCCAGCCCCUGUUGCAGCUCAGCCCCCCAGCCCCUGCUGCAGCUCAGCCCCCCAGCCCCUGCUGCAGCUCAGCCCCCCAGCCCCUGUUGCAGCUCAGCCCCCCAGCCCCUGCUGCAGCUCAGCCCCCAGCCCCUGCUGCAGCUCAGCCCCCCAGCCCCUGCUGCAGCUCAGCCCCCCAGCCCCUGUUGCAGCUCAGCCCCCCAGCCCCUGCUGCAGCUCAGCCCCCAGCCCCUGCUGCAGCUCAGCCCCCCAGCCCCUGUUGCAGCUCAGCCCCCCAGCCCCUGCAGCAGCUCAGCCCCCAGCCCCUGCAGCAGCUCAGCCCCCAGCCCCUGCAGCAGCUCAGCCCCCAGCCCCUGCAGCAGCUCAGCCCCCCAGCCCCUGUUGCAGCUCAGCCCCCAGCCCCUGCAGCAGCUCAGCCCCCAGCCCCUGCAGCAGCUCAGCCCCCAGCCCCUGCAGCAGCUCAGCCCCCAGCCCCUGUUGCAGCUCAGCCCCCAGCCCCUGCAGCAGCUCAGCCCCCCAGCCCCUGUUGCAGCUCAGCCCCCAGCCCCUGCAGCAGCUCAGCCCCCAGCCCCUGCAGCAGCUCAGCCCCCAGCCCCUGCAGCAGCUCAGCCCCCAGCCCCUGCAGCAGCUCAGCCCCCAGCCCCUGCAGCAGCUCAGCCCCCAGCCCCUGCAGCAGCUCAGCCCCCAGCCCCUGCUGCAGCUCAGCCCCCAGCCCCUGCUGCAGCUCAGCCCCCAGCCCCUGCAGCAGCUCAGCCCCCCAGCACCCGCAGCUCAGCCCCCAGCCCCUGUUGCAGCUCAGCCCCCAGCCCCUGCAGCAGCUCAGCCCCCCAGCCCCUGCAGCAGCUCAGCCCCCAGCCCCUGCAGCAGCUCAGCCCCCAGCCCCUGCAGCAGCUCAGCCCCCAGCCCCUGCAGCAGCUCAGCCCCCAGCCCCUGCAGCAGCUCAGCCCCCCAGCACCCGCAGCUCAGAAGCCGUUUGAACGGCUGCGAAGGGCAGCGCAGCCCCCUCGGGUGUGCUGGAUGUUCUGACGCAGUGAGCACAAGUAAAGGUUGUUGGGUUUGGUUUAUGUUGGAAUAUUUAUAUCUGCCUUUUGCAAUGGGCCACAACUUAGCAUCUCCAGAAAAACUGAUUAAUAAGACGUAGUUCAUGGAGUUAUUUGCACUUGAUUAAAAGAAAAAAUGUAUCUGAACUUUGUAAAAAGAAAUGUUUGCAUUUUGUAUUGUCUUUUUUUAAUUAUUAAAUGGAAUUUCUUGGUGUUGUGUUGAUCUUUCAAAAA